AUGGGUUGGUCCGUAGACCCGGGCAGUGCGUACGCCGCUGAAAGGCUGGAGAUCUUCUUGGGAAUACCCUACGCCGAGCCGCCUCUAGGAGAGCGGAGGUUCGCACCACCGGAAACCAAGAAGCUUUGGGCGCCACUGACGCUAAACGCAACGGCUUUCAGUCCGAUCUGCCCACAAGUUUUGACAUUUGUUCACCUAUUCUCUUUUCCUUCAAGUUUCAACAAUACAGAUGAGGAUUGUCUCUAUAUGAACAUCUAUACCCCCAAGUUUGAUCACAUGACCGAGUCGCUGCCAGUAAUGGUGUGGAUUCACGGAGGGUCAUACAGAUACGGCGCAGGUCAAGAGUAUGACGGACGACCCCUGGCGCUAGAGGGCGUGGUGGUGGUCACGUUUAACUUCCGUUUAGGUGUCCUUGGUUAUUUGUCCACUGAUGAUGAGGUAGCGCCAGGUAAUUACGGGCUCUUGGACCAAGUGUUAGCGCUGGAAUGGAUCCGGGAUAACAUCGGCAGUUUCCGGGGUGAUCCGAAGAGAGUGACGAUCUUUGGCGAAAGUUCCGGAGGCGGGAGUGUGUCACUACAUAGCUUCUCCAAGAUGAGUCAAGGUUUAUUCCGCGCCAUCAUCCCUCAGAGUGGCUGUGCUAUCAGUCCGUGGGCCAUAUACCGACCUCCUCAUAACGUUAGUGACGUCACAAGACAACUGGCGUCCCAGCAGAACUGUUCCGUGGCGUCUUCCCAGUCCAUCAUCGAGUGUUUGCGAGAAGUACCAGCUAAAGAACUUGUCCGUGCUAAUGUUUUGGGCCCACCGAUGAUAGCGGCCUGGGCGCCUCGGGUGGACGGCCAUUUCAUCGACAAGCUACCGGAAGUUCUUCUUCUUAACGGAGACUUCGAAAGAGUCCCGAUGUUUACCGGAACAGUCAAAGACGAAUCGGCGGACGAAGCUAAAUUUAUUCCUGACGUGGCACAAGGAUUCAAUCGCACUUUCCUAGAACAGUUAUUUUAUUCCUGGAGUACUCGAUUUGGAAGCAAAACUGACUUAGCCUUUGGGGCUGUGAAAUGUGAAUAUUUUGACGCCAACAAAGGUUUUGCUCAUAAUCGGGACAUUUUUAUACAGAUGAAGUCUGAUUACGGAUAUGUCGCUCCUCAUCAAUUUCUCGCUGAAAAGUACUCGGCCAUGGGGCCACCAGUGUGGACGUAUUCCUUCCAGUACCGCUCAGAGAAUGACGUCACGCCCAAGUGGCUUGGGGUAUAUCAUGGGACAGAGUUGUAUUACACGUUCGGAGCACCGUUUGCCAAGGAGAUCCCAUGUCCCUGGGGUUGCAUAAAUAUUAACCCAGAUUACGCUGACUGGACAGAACAGGACAGGAAUAUCAGUAAAACACUGAUGAAAAUCUGGACAAACUUUGCUAAAACCAGGAAUCCAAACCCCGUCCCUGGCAUGCACGCAAACCUGUUACCAUUCGACACCAGCACGAAGGCGUACCUGUUAAUAAGCAAUGUCCUUAGCAACACGACAAACCUUAAGCCUCGCCGAAUGAGAUUUUGGAAUUACAAGUUACCAAGAAUUCUAUCGGGCCAGAUGUCCAUUGAUUCUGUGUGUUUUUCUUCGGCAUCUAAACACGUGGCUUGUGAUAUUUUCAUAACACUCUUCUUUUUCUAUCUUCUUUCAGCAUGCUUUAGAUAAAGAGAAAUAUGUUGGCAAGUAUUAGUUGGAACACGGUCAAGUGUUGCUGUGUACUCUCACAUGACGUACUGCCUCAUUGCCGUGAUCCCAAUGACUCUGGUGUUAUACGCGAUAUCUGUGCGAUAUCUGUGAUGUAAAACCGAGGUGUAGAGCGGCGCAUGCGCUGUACGGCAUAUGAUUGUUUCUGGGGAUUGUGGUUCAUUUUUGUUAAAAUGCGCAUGCGUUAUUUCUCCCAAAGCCAAACGAAACACCUAUAUUGUCUAUGUACGACACGGAUUCUGCCUGUUCAACUGAAAACACAUUUCAUGUAUAAAUCGUGUUCUUUCACAUCAAAUGUCCUAUAGACUGAUGAUUUUAUGUUGUGUUAUAAAUAAGAUACAUUCGGCCACUGGAUUAUAACAAAAUACAAUUUAUGAACACUUACAACUUUCGUCCCUCCUUCUUUUUAUAUCGAAACCCGUUUCGAUAAGCACGUGUGUCAUAUUUGCUGACAGGAAAAGGUCAUUUUUUCUUGGUGGUUAGUUCAUUAUUCAGAUCGGCUACGGCGAGAAUUACACCUCGGAACUUGCGUCUGUAGUUCCUCCGUCACAGGUUGGAAUUUGAAAAGAAAACGAAAAACAAAACUUAGUGGUUAGACGCAUGUAAAAAAAUCAGGAAACAGCUCUAGGCCAACAGACUUCCAGAAAUGGGGGGCUUAUGCCUGCUCUUUCUAUACAGGUGUUUUGUCUACAUUCUAUGCCUGGGCUGUGCGAGACAACGCACAAAAUCUUGAUUUGUGUUGAACGGCACGCGCAUCUAACCAUAAUCCGCUCCAAUGUAUCAGUACAGGCAUUUCGUGACUUGAGGAAAGCUAUUCACAUUGAGCACCCUUACUAGUUUCUCUGGUAGCCGGGUGAGUACAGCUAGCAGAAGACUGUCUUCUUCCAUGAGACAAUACAUGUACGUCAGACGUGGGAAAGUUCGUCAGUAGCUUGCCAAAUGUCGGUGGUUUACUAUGGUGAAUACAGUUAGUAGAACAAUGACUUCUUUUACCAGACAAUAUAGUGUGCAUAUCUGUACGUCACACGUGGGAAAGUUCGUCAGUAGCUUGCCAAAUGUCGCUGGUUUACUAUGGUGAAUACAGUUAGUAGAACAAUGACUUCUUUUACCAGACAAUAUAGUGUGCAU